UUUUGAUCACGGUGAGUCUGAAGAGUCCGUCUGCGUGUUGGUGUUACUAUGCUAUCUUCUAGUACUAGUUUCGUUCCUUUGAAAAGCCUUCUUGACUCGAAAACGGUACCACCACAGCAUCAACCAUCCUCCACCGAGAUCAGAAAAGAUGCCUUCGUCCUCCAAGAGCAGUGGCAGUCAGAGGUUUGAACUGAAUUUCAAACGUCGGCGAUCUACCUCUCGUCGGAAGCGACGAUACAGGAGCUCCUCUAGUUAAGAGCGACGCCUAUCUAUCUCCAAGAAGCAUCCUGAAGAGACUUUUGCAGAGUAAAAACCUAAGUACCACGUAGAAUUUUUACCAGAGGAGGUGGUACUUAGAAGCAUCCUGCUCACCAAGUAGGACGCUUCUAAGAGCUCAAAAACAAAAUGGGAUAUUGGGUUUGGGAAGAGCUCUAAUCUACUUCCUCCUCCGACGGCAGCUAUUACCGAGACUGUUCACCUCCGGCCAAACGACACAGAUUUAUGCUCUUCUUGCUUGUUUGACUUUGAUCCUCGUUCUGUACUGAGUCUAAAGUUUUUUCCACCAAGUAAGUGGAAUAAAGUAUGAGUAAGUUCUUCACAUUGAUUCUUCCACAAGAUUCACCCAUUUGAUUUCUGAUUUUCCUAGUUUCUAGGGGUCUAUUGGAGUACUUAUUCAAGAACGUCUUGAGUGGUAUCCAUAAGUAUACGCAUCACUCUUGCUCUUCUUCUAAAUUUCCCCGCCGUGACGAGAAGAACGAUCGACGUCGUGACGAUAGUUAUUACGACCGCUACUACGAUUACGACACUCCAAGGAAAAGGACGAAAAAGAAGGAGAGAAAACGCUACAAAGAUGAUUAUGCAGUCCCGGUUUAUCGAUCAUGUUGAAACUACAACUACCUUCAGGAAGAGAAAGAGUUUUCUUCACCAGGCAUGUGUCAGUCUCGAAUUAGCUGUUUCAUCUUCCAUAGUGUAUCCGUGUCUCAGUUGGAGUUUCAUCUUCUUGAGAAAUAGGUGUCUGGGGAAACAACGUGAAUAUGACACCUAUGACCUCUAACACAUGAGUCCGAAGACCCGGCGCCACAGUCACAAAAAUCAUAAGAACAAAGAAGACCUUCCUCCGUCGUUUUUUGUGACCCUUAUGGCUUCAGACGAGAAUGAUAUCAGCGAGAGCUGGAUUAUCUUAGAACUGAGAAUCGAAUUGCAAUUGCGUGUCAGCUUGAUGAUAGAGGAAUGUUCAUGAUGUUGUAGUUACUACAUUCAUAUGGGAACGGGAAGUCAUUUCACAGGAUAGAAAUAGAAUGUUGUAGUUGGCAUCUUCUAACCACUGAGAGGUUUCUUUAUUUCACAGGAUAGAAAUAAAAUGUUGUAGUUGGCAUCUUCUAACCACUGAGAGGUUUCUUUCACCUUGGUAAAUUGUUGUAGUUGGCAUCUUCUAAUGACUGAGAGGUUUCUUUCACCUUGGUGAAUUGGCUCCGAUAUAUGAUGCGGGAACGAUAUCCUCAGAACAAGUCCAAUUGGGUGCCGUGGGCCGUUUUGCCAGGUAUGUUACCACAACAUGUAUCAUACACUUUGAUCCCAUCAUGGACGAAAGCUAGGGAAUAAUUACCACUGGGCAGGAGGCAGGUGGGUACUAGGUAUGCGUAGGUACUAGGUAAGUAGGCCGCAAUGGUAAGGUAAGUAUUCUAGACCUCCUAAAAAUAAAAAAAAAAGUACUAGUACUACUUGUACUUGUUCAGAGUAAUGCUAUGUAUUUCCUCCAGGUCCGGACCGAUACACCGAGCAACACAUUGAGGACGUAGCUGCAGAUCACAACCGCCAUUUAGAAGUCUGGCGAGACGAGGACACCAAGAUGCUCUAUGUACUUAUGAUUCACCUCUCUGUCGCGAAGCGAGUGUCAGUUUUCCUUUUUCUUUUCCAUCCUUUUCUCUUCUCUCUCUGGAAAUCCGUACGCAGCAACACGACUAGUCGGCGAUCAUCAUCAUCGUCAUCAUCAUCAUCAUCAUCAUCAUCAUCAUCGUUGUAGUUCAUUGCUCGUCCCCAUUGUAUUUCAUCUUGAUGUGUACAAGUGACUCCGCCCUCACUCUCUAGUUCCCAGCUAUUGUCAUACUUCCUGAAUACGAGCAGUACUCGUACUUCACACUCUCUAAUCUUCGAUCGAAACGGAAGAACAAGAUCGAGUCUGAAGGCAACGAUAUCUCUUUUUGGAAUGGUAAAGAUCUGAGUGAUGAAAAAGAACUGGCAAAUAGGGAUGUUGCCGAAAGAAAAGCUCAACGGGACAGCCAACGAGCCGCAAAGAGAUUCCGUUCCCGUUCUUAUGCUCUUGUUGUCUGUGAUGAAGAAGUAGAUUUAAUAGCAGACUCUUCUGCAAUAAAAGAUACAAUGUAGCAGAGUAGUUUAUAGCACGCAUGGUGCAUGGAGUAGCAUGGAGUGCAUGGAGCGCAGAGCUUUAAGGGGCGCAAGAAGCUCCCCCUUUAGCUCCAUGCUACUCCAUGUGAUCCAUGCACUCCAUGCCAUGCGAGCUGUGAAACCUUAGAAAUUGCUCCGCUUAUAGUAGUUUUCUAACUUUUAGGGAGAAUAAGUUUCUUGAAUUCUAAGGGGAAUGAGAUCAUUUUCUAGUAGGUCAACCGUUUUGCAAUCAGUAGAUGGUAAGUAAGAAGUUACCAUUUUUUGUUCACUUAUGUCUACGUAGACUCUUCUCUAACACAACCAACGCCGUACAACGCCUUCCAGAAUCCCUGGUGGAAUUUUGAAAUAUCCGCGUGAAGACGACUAUUCGGAUAUGGAAAUCGACUCUGAUGUUACCGGAGGACCUCCGAAUGUGGUACUUGUGAUGAUAAGUACUCUAUAGGCAGCUGUAAGAAGAUUUAUUCGAUGCUGUUCCUUGUACUUCUACCGUAGGCUAAGCACAUUUUAGAAAUGCUUUUCAUCUUUGGCAGAACAGUUGAACUAGAAACAGCUGCAUUUUUCAAAUCGACACUCACCAUCAGAACGAAAAACUGAAUUGUUCCUUGGAGGACCUGAUUACUGCGAACACGAAAGAGCAGCGCUACCGAGAAUGAUAAGCUGCAUCAUGUGUGCAGGAUGGUGGAACAGAAACCAAGAUGUAGAUUGUUAUUGUUUUGAAGUCGUUAUUUUUUUGAUGGAAUUGACAUUGUUCGAAAGAAUGAAAACCUCCUAUGCAGCGCUUUCCACAAGUAGGAAAAACUAUUAACCGCGUACAGAUGGAUUAUCUGCGUUUCGAUAAGGAGAAAAAUUAUGAGCCUUAUUUGAAGAAUAUCAUGGGUCAAACACAAAUGAGUACGUGUACGUCUAGUUCUUUGUUAACGCUGAAGCACCACAACUAGAAGAGCAGCACGAAUACUCAACCCGCCAUGGUUAUGUUUAACUAUUUUUCAUUAUACCCAAUCAAGCACGUCAUUAGUGGUCAUUGUCAUUAGUCGUCGAGCAUGUCGUGUUUCAUGUGGUUUCUUCAAAAGCGAAUCCAUCUCAAUCCGAAAACAUAUCCUAAAUUCUAGACACCUUAUCUACAGUCAAUGUCAUCAGUGGGAAAUGAACAUGGAAGACAUCAAACUUCCUAUUAGGUCUUAAUCUUGUGUGUUUGUAUUGAUGCGCUCCGGGCAACGCGUCCGAUCUCGCCGGAUUUUUUUUUUGGUUUCGUGUGUUUUGUGCUAUGGUCGCCUUAUAUCUUAUAACGCUUUCUCGUAUUUUCUAAGAACGAACUCGAAAUCUCACGCUUACCCCAUUCGAAUGAAUGCUCACCCAAACCUUAAGCGGACUUAUACUCAGCUACAAACAAUAAAGAUGAAAAAGGCACGACUCAUGAAUAAUGAUGACAGUCUCAGUCUACAAACUACAAUCGCUACGGUGACUGUUUGGAAGAUCACAACAAGGACACGCGAAUGAAUGUUGGACAAGAUGAUGUCUUAAGUACGCUUUGUCCGCCCCUUAGAAAACUAACGAAUCCCA